AUGAAGGAGAGCGGGAUUGUAGGGCCAGUCCACGAGACCAGUGGCUCGAGUGAGAACAGAGGGGAGAGCCCAAUGAGCUCUGACAGGGAAAAGCCGGAGACUGCUCAUAUCCCCGAUGUCGAGAGUCGCAAGGACCGCGGCCAUCUAAAUGCUAUCUUUGAUAAUCCUCUGGCUGGGAUCCCCCGCGAGCAGCUGAUGAAAGAUGUCCACGAGUUCUGCCGACGAUUCAACCUGAUGGCCGACCUGGAGACUUUCCAAAAGGGGGCUCUCAUUUCGCAGAGUCCUGAAACGGCGGCGACGAUGCCGGAGCUAAACGAGUCUGAGAGAGAGUCACUCAUUCGUGAGAAGACUCAUAAGUGGAGCCAGCCAUGGGAGUUGUACUUCCUCGCAAUCAUGUGCUCGCUUGCGGCCGCCGUCCAAGGAAUGGAUGAGACUGUCAACAACGGCGCGCAGGCCAUCUACUUGGAUAUCCUCGGUAUCAAGAACAGUGACAACCUGACUGGCCUCGUCGUCGGCGCCCCAUAUCUGGCUUGCGCAGUCCUCGGCUGCUGGCUCACGGAACCACUCAAUCGAUACUUCGCUCGUCGCGGAACGAUCUUUAUUUCCUGCUUCAUUGCGGCAAUUGCAUCUGUAUGGGAAGGGCUGUGCAACUCCUGGGUGAAUCUGUUCAUUGCCCGCUUUGUCCUGGGGUUAGGUAUUGGAUCCAAAUCUUCCACCGUCCCUGUCUAUGCGGCCGAGUGUUCUCCAGCUCCCAUUCGUGGUGCCCUGGUCAUGAUGUGGCAAAUGUGGACUGCAUUUGGUAUCAUGCUGGGUAAUAUCAUGGGUGUGGCUUUCAUGCACGUCUCAAGGGAUCUCAGCUGGCGUCUCAUGCUAGGCUCCACGGUGGUGCUGCCUCUGAUAGUCUGCUCGCAGGUCUACUUCUGCCCCGAGUCGCCCAGAUGGCUAAUCGAGCAUAACAAGAUUGAGAAAGCCUACACGAACUUCAAAAUCCUUCGUCCUACCGAACUGCAGGCUGCGAGAGAUCUUUACUAUGCAUAUGUCGGUGUGGAGUUGGAACGCAAGAUCAACAGGGGCAAGAAUUUCUUCACCAUGUUCUUCGAGCUCUUCUCCGUUCCCCGUAAUCGACGCGCCACUCUGGCCACUUGGAUUGUCAUGUUCAUGCAACAAUUCUGUGGUGUCAAUGUCAUCGCCUACUACUCGACCACCAUCUUCCAGGAUUCCGGAUAUAGUCUCUCGACGGCCUUGCUGGCAUCUAUGGGAACUGGCAUCCUUAACUGGGUCUUUGCCCUGCCAGCCGUUCUGACGAUCGAUACUUGGGGCCGUCGCAACCUCUUGCUCUUUACGUUCCCAUUCUUAGCCAUAUUUCUCCUCUGGGCCGGCUUUUCUUUCUGGAUUGACGCCAGUAACCCCACUAGUAAGGCGCGAGUUGGGAUGGUCACCACAGGCAUGUAUCUAUUCGAGGUUUUCUACUCACCCGGUGAAGGUCCUGUACCGUUCACCUAUUCGGCUGAGGCGUUCCCGCUUCACGUUCGCGAAGUGGGGAUGUCGUGGGCCACCGCCACGACAUGGUGCUUCAACUUCAUCUUGUCCUUCACUUGGCCGCAUCUUCUGUCAGCCUUCAAGCCUCAGGGAGCCUUUGGCUGGUAUGCAGCCUGGUGUAUUAUUGGCUGGUUCCUCGUGUUGCUCUUUGUUCCGGAGACCAAGGCCCUCACUCUGGAGGAGUUGGAUCAAGUCUUCUCGGUGUCUACCAGAAAGCACGCCUCCUACCAGAUGAAGAAUGCCAUCUGGCACUUCCGCGUCUGGGUUCUGCGCCGGAAGCUGGAACCUUUGCCGAGUUUCUAUCAAGGUACCGAGCAUCUGCCUGAGGUUGGCGAUAACACUGAGAAGUAA